AUGUGUAGUAGGUAGACAUGGCGAGUGUUAAUUUGGGUGCAUGACGAUUAUUGCAUUAGAAUUACAUUAUUUUAUUAAGUGCAAAGUGAUUUUGCUACAUAUUACUCUUUUUUUAGUUAUAUAGAUUAUAUGUGAACUAUAAAAAUGCAGAAUGUUGGACAGGAUAAUACUCCCGAUAACAAGAAGCUAGAUAAAGUGAAUGCCCAUGAAAUAGGGAAAUCGUCAACUCCCCAGUCUUCGAAUUCGAGUCCUACCAAAUCGGACACUGAUCCAUUUUCUGAAAUAAACCCCAGGUUUUUGUCGGAUUCAUCUGAAAGUGAAGAAGAGGAAUCGUCUGAGGUAAAUUUCUGUAAUGUAUCCCACAUAGUGCCGUGAGUUGGUCUGGGCGAAUAGAUUCAAUGAACCUGAGCCAGACAUCUUGUAACUUAGUCAUAGUUAUACAUUUUAAUCUAUUUCUUUUGACGAUUUCUUAGUUAUUUAGGUUUAAUAAUAACCUCAAUAGUUUUAUUUGAUGUAUUUACAGUAUACUAUAUAUAAGUGGAGGGGCAAGUUUUAAUAUGGGAACACAAAGGCAUGAAGGCCCAUUAGCCAAUGCCCUAACCAUUUAUGAGUAGCUAUUUUUUAAAGAUAAAUGAAUUAUAGUUCAUUUAUUUUAUAGUGUGAGUCUGUUUGUAGAACCUGUAAUAAUCUGUUGUACAUUAAUUAUAGUUCUCAAAUAAUUAUGUUUUUAUGUUGUCUGAAGUUUUUUCUUCUUGUAUUUUUGGGGUUAUAUUUAUUAAUGUGUGAAUUUUAUGUUUUGGUGAAAAAUUCUAUUUAGUGCAUAUGAUCUUUUUAUAUUGUGUGUAAAGGUUAAUACUUGGUUAGUUCUUGUUUUUCAGUUCUUUUUUUUUCUUUUUGUCUUGCCUUUUUUUAUAGCCAUGCUUUUUUCUACCAAAACAAACAAUAUGUUUGUCAGUCAUUUUCUUCCCAUUAAUAGUAGACAAUUUUUUAUUAGGUAUCUUAAAUUUUGUUUUUCUUGAGCUACACAGUUUAGCUAACGUGAGCUAUUCAUUAGCCUUUAGUCAGAUGUGAAUGUCUUAUCUUCUUGAUUAUUUAAAGGUUUGAAUGGUGGAGUCCUUUGUGAUAGGGGAUUUGGAGGAGCCCGAAGGCAGGCUUCAAUCUUCUAAGUUUCUAUUAUCUCAGGAAGAUGUGGAUCCUACGGUUGACCCAGAAACUCAGGCUAGGCUCGAAGCGCUUCUUGAGGCAGCAGGUAACCUUAGCGCAAAUAUAUAUCCCGUACCCUCUUGUUGACCCCCAACUCUUUUGAAAUGUUUUGUUUUUCAGGGAAUAAUGGGAUCAAUAAUAGAAAUCAAUCAAAGCCUAAACUGCCGAACUCGUUUUUGAGGCACAUUAAAGGUUUAUCAAAUUGUAAAUAUCUGAAUAAAACUCUUUUUUUUUUAUUUGUAUUUUGUGAUUGUGAGGUUAUGAUGUUUCAGAAUAGUAUGUGAUUUUACUUUUUUUAUCAAGGGAGUCUUGUUGGUUACUAUUAGUGCCCAAUGGUUUACAAUUAUUUGGUUUCUGUAGGUCUUCAUUUACUGCUAGAUUGUUGUUGAUUGACAUAUGUUUUUGUCUUCUGUAUACAAUAUUAUAAGUUUCAUGUUUUCUUUAUAGUAUCGGUAUUGUUAAAAUAAAGCUGUUCUCACUUUUCUAAAGGUCUAGAGAACUUAUUAUUUUAUUAUUAAAUGGCAGUUAAAGUUAUAUAAAACUCAAAAAGGUCUUAGAUUUCCUUUGCAUCUGAGGUAUAUUCAGGCUUUCUUAUUUUCUCUCAUUCAUGAAUUAUGCUAUUGUCAAUGAACAUGAAUCAUACUUAAAAAACAAAAUAGAAAGGGUGGUACAAGGUAUUCUAACGUGAUGUUAAAAUUACAUUCGGUAUUAUUAUGUUAUCCAUUUUUUAGCUUGUGUUUUAUUCAAUUUUCUUUAUCUAUUAGGUAUUAUGUCCAAACGCUACAUAAUUUUCUUGCCAAGUUUUUUUUUUUAUAGAUUAAUUUAUUCUUCAAAUAUUAUUUAUCCUUAAUUAACUAAGCCUCCUUUUUUUUUAUUUUGGAAAAGAUCAUUUGUUUAAUUGUCAUUUAUCACUUAAAGUUUUAUUCCCCUUCUUUACACUAUUUUUGUAUUAGCUGCUCUAACCUAUCCUGUUCUCAAGUGCAAUUGCCUAUAACUUCCCUGUAUUUUAUGUUUUAUAAGCACUUUGUGAUUGUAAUUCAAGAUAUAUCACAAUGAAUUUUUUUUUUUUAGUUAUAAUCUUUUUAGAUAAUUUAUAUAUUGAAUAUUUAAAUAUAAAUGUUAGUAUAUAGAUUGCCUAUUAUAUUUAUGGUAAUUUUCUCAAAGACGUAUCAAUAAUGUGCAACCUCAGAAGAAAUAAAACGUGGAAAUUAAUCUUUUUUUUUUUUUUAACUUCCUAGUUGUUAGACUAAAUUUUUAAUGCUUGCUGUUGAAUGUAAACCUUCUGUAGAGUUUUCUGUUGGAUUGUUUUUGUAAAUCUUCUAUUCUUUUUCUUUUUUCAAAGUUAAUUUGUUAUCGUAUCUUAUUUUGAGGUUGCACUUAUAAGGCCAUAGAUUAGUCAUUGUUUAGGAUGACAUGCUCUAACACGCCGGUUGCUCGCGCUAGGUAUAGGGAAGCUGGCAACAGGGGAUGGUAAACAACUGGCUGACCCAGAAGUACUCAGAAGGCUAACGUCGAGUGUUUCCUGUGCCCUCGAUGAGGCAGCAGCAGCCCUCACGAGGAUGAGAAGUGAGAACAAUCCCAGACCACAACCUGAAAGGUCACUCGUUGAAGCAUGUACAGAUGGUGAUGUGGGCACAGUAAAAAAGUUACUGACCGAAGGUAGGAGUGUGCAUGAAACUACUGAAGAAGGGGAAAGUCUUCUAUCCUUGGCCUGUUCUGCAGGAUAUUACGAAUUAGCUCAGGUCCUUCUUGCGAUGCAUGCUAACGUCGAAGACCGGGGGAUCAAAGGUGACUGUACUCCUUUAAUGGAAGCAGCAUCAUCUGGUUAUGUUGACAUUGUGAGGCUUUUGAUACAUCAUGGUGCCGAUGUCAAUGCACAGUCAUCAUCAGGUAACACUCCCCUUAUGUAUGCUUGUGCCGGUGGUCAUGUGGAUGCCGUUCGUGUGCUUCUUGAAGCUGGAGCUAAUGUUGAAGACCACAACGAAAAUGGUCAUACACCUCUUAUGGAAGCAGCGUCAGCUGGUCAUGUUUCUGUAGCCCAGGAACACAAAACUGAUGAAAUGCAUACAGCUCUGAUGGAAGCGUCUAUGGAUGGUCACGUAGAAGUAGCACGGCUUUUGUUGGAUUCAGGAGCUCAAGUGAACAUGCCCACUGACAGUUUUGAAUCUCCAUUAACACUGGCAGCUUGUGGUGGGCAUGUCGAUCUUGCACUGCUGCUCAUUGAAAGGGGGGCAAAUAUUGAGGAGGUGAACGACGAGGGCUACACACCCCUCAUGGAGGCUGCAAGGGAGGGACACGAAGACAUGGUUGCUGUCCUCCUCGUCAAGGGUGCAAACAUCAAUGCCCAAACUGAAGAAACUCAAGAAACAGCAUUAACCCUUGCCUGUUGUGGAGGUUUCCUUGAAGUGGCCAAUUUCCUUAUUAGGAAUGGUGCUGAAAUAGAACUUGGAGCAUCGACACCACUUAUGGAAGCGGCUCAGGAAGGGCACUUAGAACUAGUCAGGUAUCUCUUGGAAGCGAAUGCUAAUGUUAAUGCGCAAACACAAACAGGCGAUACAGCUUUGACCUACUCCUGUGAGAAUGGUCAUACUGAUGUUGCUAGGCUGCUUCUUCAGUAUGGUGCAGAUUUAGAGCACGAAAGUGAAGGAGGAAGGACCCCCUUGAUGAAGGCUUGCAGAGCAGGUCACCUUUGUACGGUCAAGUUCCUUAUCCAGCACAAAGCCAAUGUCAAUAAGCAAACAACUAACAACGAUCAUACUCCUCUCUCGUUGGCGGCAGCAGGUGGUCACAUAGCUGUUGUUGAGCUCCUCCUUGCGAACAAUGCCAACCCCUUUCAUAAACUGAAGGACAACUCAACAAUGCUGAUUGAGGCAGCUAAAGGAGGACAUACUAACGUAGUGCAGCUAUUACUGGACUACCCCCAUUCGAUAAUGAUGAGCAAUGCACAACAAGGGCAGCAGGUGGCCAACGCGGCAGGGCCCGCUGGAUUCCAUGACGUCCCCGACACUGUCAGGGCUCUGCCUCCUCCGAUAGCAGCCGAUCAACAACCUGAUACCGCCAACACAGCCAAGCAGCCUCCAACCAUAACCACUACAUCCAGGGUAGAAAUUAUUAAUGGUAAACAUAUACCUAUUCCUGGUCAAAAAUCCCUGCUUCGAAAGAACAGAGCAGUUAACACAAUGGAAGUAAGUUCUCUUACUUCGCCAGAAGUUCAACAGGUGAGAAAUGAGCCUGGAGAUGGUGGAAUUAAAGAAGAACCAAUAAAAAAGGAAAAAACUCAACUCCCUAAAGCUCCCCUUUCUCUCGAAACCUCACAGUUUAUUCAGAGGCAGCAGAUUGUAGAAGAGCUUCAAAGGGUAGAGGAGGAACUGAAAGAGAAAGGUACUGUCCUCGACGGCGGUCCGAUCUCCCCCACUUCUGCCAUUACCAGCCUUCUCAGCCCGACAACUCCACCUGGCCCCCCACCUCCAUCAAUACCUCAGCAUGGAAUUGUUUGUCCUGGUGGAAACAUGUAUGGGGUUAGCCAACAACAGCCGAGUGCUUUAUUGGUACCUCAACAACCUCCUCAGGCAACAAUACACCAACCAAUCACCACACCUGCAGAUGUAGUCCAGGCGACUGCCAUAAGUGAUAGACCCAAAGCCAAACCUACUUGGAAGAAAGAAGGGAGCAAAGGCGUUCGAAAGCAGGUUGUUUCAUUCCAGCCUUCAUUACCUCAGCAGGGACAGUAUUUUGACCACUCGACCAUUCAGCAAUUAAAGCAACUUGCUUAUAAGCCUGAGCCUGAAACUAUCCUCGGAUACCCUCCCCUCACUGGGGAGGCGUGGGCUAAGGCCGCCCCUGGUGCCCCACCUCACCUCCACGAUCAGUCCGCUCUACAUCUACACCCCGACCCACAGAGGCUGUCAUCCGAGUUGAAUGGACUUGAGAUCCCGAGGCGUUGCCCAAUAUUAACCGAUGAAGAACCAAUGUUCGACCUAUCUCGUAGUAAAUUAGACCAGGAACCCCUAGACCCUCUCAAUUUAGACGAUGUUGUACCCGGAAAUCUUGGGAGCAGUGAAAGAGAUAGGAUAAGGUACAAUAAUCCUUCUUUCAUUGCGGGUGUUGAAGCAGCCUCCAAGCUCAUGAGUGGUCCAGGCAGUGGAACUCCAUUUCAGGUGGUUCCCACUGAACAUGUCCCUCUGCAGAUGAUGCCUACAGAACAGGGGACUCUCCAGUAUCUGUGUGCAGCCGCUGCGGCAACUGCACCGCCACCUGCUCCUCCCACACAACACCUUCAGAGUAUGGCUUACAACUCAGCCCAAUGCCCUGGAGCAGUGGAGCAGCCCCCUGAAAAACCGAGACCUGGGCAGUACCACCAGCCGCAGCUUCUCCUCAAGGCCCCUCCGCCUUGGGUGAAACCUCCAGAGAGCGGAGGACAGGUCGCUACGGCUACGCAAACAUCCCCCGGCCCCGAGGCCCCCAAGAAGGCCCCUGCUCCUCCACCUAACAAAGGAAAGAAAGCUCGCUACCAACUGCAGCAGAAGGCCACGCAGGCUCCCCCGCUUGCCCCGGAUUCCAGUCAAAUGGGAUACCCAGGAUGUGAGGGCGAGUCUACACCAGGUCUUGCUCCGCCAUUCUGUAUGGAUGUAGAUUCAGCAACUGAUAGUAACAAUGAUACUGCCCUUACGUUAGCAUGUGCAGGAGGUCAUGAAGAAUUAGUUCAAUUACUUCUCUCAAGGGGAGCAAAUAUAGAACAUAGAGACAAAAAGGGAUUUACUCCUUUAAUCCUUGCUGCCACAGCGGGUCAUGAAAAAGUGGUAGAAAUCCUAAUGAACCAUUCUGCUGACAUGGAAGCUCAGUCAGAAAGAACUAAAGAUACUCCUCUAUCUUUGGCCUGUUCAGGAGGUCGAUAUGAAGUGGUUGAGCUUCUCCUGUCCAAGGGAGCAAACAAGGAACAUCGUAACGUUUCUGAUUAUACUCCCCUGAGCUUAGCUGCUUCAGGAGGUUAUGUUAAUAUUAUCAAGCUUUUGCUGACACACGGUGCCGAAAUCAACUCCAGGACUGGCAGCAAGUUGGGCAUUUCUCCUCUAAUGCUUGCUGCUAUGAAUGGACAUACAGCGGCUGUAAAAUUACUGUUAGAUAUGGGUUCGGAUAUAAAUGCCCAAAUCGAAACCAACCGAAAUACUGCAUUAACCUUAGCCUGCUUUCAAGGAAGGCAUGAAGUUGUGAGUCUCCUUUUAGACCGAAGAGCCAAUGUUGAACACAGAGCAAAGACUGGACUGACACCACUCAUGGAGGCAGCCAGUGGUGGCUAUGUCGAAGUAGGACGUGUUCUUCUUGAUAAGGGCGCUGAUGUAAAUGCACCUCCUGUACCCUCGUCUCGAGACACAGCGCUCACCAUAGCUGCUGACAAGGGCCACUGUCGAUUUGUUGAGCUACUUCUUAACAGAUCGGCCCAAGUGGAAGUCAAAAAUAAGAAGGGAAACUCUCCAUUGUGGUUAGCUGCUAAUGGUGGCCACCUUGCUGUAGUGGAACUUCUAUAUAAUGCAGGCGCUGAUAUAGACUCCCAAGACAACCGAAAGGUAUCUUGUCUCAUGGCUGCAUUUAGGAAAGGUCAUGUUAAGGUUGUUAAGUGGAUGGUCAAUCAUGUAACGCAAUUUCCCAGUGAUCAGGAAAUGACUAGGUAUAUCUCAACAGUGAAUGACAAAGUGAGUGAGCUUCUUGAAAAAUGUCAAGAAUGUACAAAAAUUAUAAGAGCAGCAAAAGAUCAGCAAGCAGCCAAAGCAAACAAAAAUGCUACCAUCCUUUUAGAAGAAUUGUACAUGGAGAAAACAAGAGAAGAAAGUAAAAGGGCUGCAGCAGCAAGACGGAGGGAGAGAAAGAAGAAGAAAAAACUGGAGAAGAAAGAAGAAAAACGGAAACUACAAGAAGAAAACCAGAAAAAUGAAAGGUAUGCGAAUACACCAGCUGUAGAAGAAGAUGAAGAAGAACCAGAGAUAGAGGAUGAAGAUAAACCUGAUAUUAAAGUCAAAGUAAAUGAAGUGAUUGAAUCUCCUGCUCGAGCUGGUGAAGGUGAGGAAGGUGAUAGUGGAAUAGAUGCAAAUUCUCAAGGCUCAUGUUCCUCUAAUGAAGUGAAGGCAGGAGCUGGCAGGCGGAAGGAAAAGAAGAAGAAGAAGCCGCCUCCUGGGCAGCAGCAAGUGAUAACCAAUCCAAACACAACUUCAGUUCCAUCCACUUCUACCAAACCUUCAGAAAAUGAAAGGCGGAAUGUAAAUAAUAUCAAUAGCAACAAAAGUUCUGUCACCCCUAGCAGUGGAAUGUCCAAGAGCCAUGAGCCUGCCCUUACCAAAACUGAUAAAAGAGAAGAGAAAGGAGGAAGUGGUGGAGGCAGAGGAAAGAAAGGAGGUGGAGGUCUCGUUUUUGAACCAACGAGGCACCCUGCCGAAAGAGAGGACUUUGAAGCUACUGGUUCUGAUUCUUACCUACCAGCCACUAAAGGGAAGAAGAUCUCAUACAUGUCCUAUUGUGAUGAUAUGAUCACGCCUUCCAAAGGCAGUGCAGGAGGUGUGAGUGCUAGCUCUUCAAGUCCAAAGCAAGGUGGCAAGCGCGAUGAAGGAUGGAAGGAAGUUGUCAGAAAGUACCUCAAUUCACCUUUCCGAUCAAAAAAGGUUUCAGUUCCUCUUAAUGCUAUCAGUAGAGUAAUAGGUAGAGGAGGUAGUAAUAUCAACGCGAUUCGAACCGCGACAGGAGCCCAUAUCGAAGUUGAGAAGCAGAGUAAAGGCCAGGGCGAACGUAUCAUCACUUUGAAGGGUUCGUCAGAAGCUACCAAGCAGGCUCAUUCCUUAAUAGCUGCUCUCAUUAAAGAUCCUGAUGUUGAUAUCCUUCAAAUCCUACCUAAGUCAGCAAAAUCAGCUGCGGCUGUUUGGGAGAAGUCAGUUAAUACUGCUAAAUCUAAGCCUAGCAAUAAGACAUCCCAACCUAGUGCAAUAGUUUCAUUGAGUAAUAAAACUACUACCUCUGGAGUAUUGACCAGUGUUGCUCCUUUAAUAGCAGCUAGAAGUUCCGCUUCCUCUUCAUCCAGUAGAGUGACAGCACCUCGUCUUGCUUCUCAUGUUGGAAAGAGGCAAGCUUCGACGCCUUCCUCAACUAGCACCAAAACAACUAUGUCAUACACAGGCGCUAUCAUGACAUCUGGACGAGGAGGUAGUGGUACAUCUGUUCCUAUGAACACUAAUAGCAGUAGUGGAAAACAGCCCGCCAGUGCGGUAACACAAACUUUUGCUGCCAAGCUGACCGAGCCGUCUCCACCACAGCCUCAGCCGCAGCAGGCUGCAACGCAGCCUUCCACCGCUCCAGCUGCAACUAGUAUUGUAACGGAGGCAGUGGUGAGGCCGCCGUCGCCACCAGCCGCGCUGCCCCCCACUCCAUCCCCACCUGCAGCCUUACCACCUCCUCCUCCAACGCCACAAAUUAGCCUUGCUCCUCCUUCCUCAGCUGCAGUAGCUCCAUCCAUCGCCUCUGCACCCUCCACCACAGCUACGCUGGAAUAUUCUCUCUUCAAUGACACCUUUACAAAGGUGGCACAACAGUCAAUGUGGGGUGGUAGGGAAAACGACUGUCAAAAAGGUAUUAACUUUGCCAGUGUUGCUGCAACUGGAGCACCUAAUUCCUCAGCAUCCCAAUUACCACCUCCUUCGAACAAGUACCUCGACCCAUCACCACCUCAGGUGGAUGCGUCUAAAGCUCCUGGCUACCGAGGAAAUGUGGUCUGUUCACCCGUCUCUAAACCUGUCUCGGUAGCUGCUACUGCUCCUACUCCUUCGUACUUCCCCCCUCCCACGGACCUCCGACCACCUCCCCUCUACCAAGGUGGUGGCAAUCAGGAGCUGGAGUUUCAUCCGGCAGCAUCUCGCCUCAACCCAAGGGCACCUGAUUUUUCGACUCAGGCUAUCAAGCCUGUCUACCCUUACCUUGGCCAGGUGCUUCCUCCCGGCACGGGAAACAUUUCUUUUGCCAGUGGCAAGUUCCCACCAAGAGGCGGUCAAGCAGGUGGUGUAGCGAGGUGGCCUUUUGCAGGACCGCCACCACCUGCACCACAGGCUCCGCAACAACCGCAGUAUCAACCCGACCUCGAUGCUGCAUCCUCUCCUUCCUCACCUCAGCAUGAUGACAGGAAGAUUCCGAGGCCCAUAGGUACCGAAAGGGCAUCUUGGAAGAACUUUGCAUCAAGCCAAGAGGUAGAGAUGACACCGUCCUGGAUGUUAGAGGCUGCCGCCGGUAAGAUUCCAGGCUGGAACGGAAUGGUGGCCCCAGCGCCCGGCCAGGGUGGAGGCUUGGAACGUGCGGCUCAUCACAUGUUCAGGCCUAACCCUCCCGCUGGAGUCCCGUUCUCCAGGAUACCAUUACCCGAUGACAUCUCCCAUAUUAUAGACAAUCCACCGUACCAAAGUGGCCUAGACGGGAGCCAAUACAACGGUGCACUCCUCCACAGCCUGCCCGUACUGGCGCACUAUGGUUCUGCUGUCCCCGACCUCCAUGAACCACAAUGGGAGCCAACAAGGCUUCCUCCUAUUCAGAUCCAAGACCUCCAUCCAGAUAAAACCCACGUUAGUUUCUUGAUUUUAUUUUUAAACGGAAUGACUACAUUUUGUUCUAAAUCACAAGUACAAUUUUCUUUAUAAUCUUAUAUUUUAUUUUGCUUUAGGGUUGGACGGCGAAAUGGAGCCAUUAAGUGCACACUUUCACAGAUUACUAGUAUAUGCGGACAGGGUGGGGGACUGCUCCAGUGCGGUUGGUGAAUACUUCACAGUGCUUCUUAUUUUGUGUUGCUUUUUGCCCACACGCUAAGGGCAAAUCCCCUUAUAAACCGCUGUUCCCACUAUUAUUUAAGAGGAUUCAUUUAUUUUGUAAAUAUAUUAUCUAUAUAUAUAUAUAUAUAACUAUCUUUCUCUUUUCUCUCUUCUCGAAUACGACUUAUAUAAAAGAAAAGUCACAAUGUAAGUUUGUUAAUUAAAAAGAUUGAUAUAAAAGAGCUGCCACUUAUAGUUAUGUGACUAUAUACAUAUAAUAUAUAUAUAGAUUACAAUUUUGAAAAGAAUAUUGGUAUUUGAUUAUAUUUCCCAUUUUCAGGUAGUGAGUGUAAAUGCUUCUUGUACUAUUUUAUUUUUUCUUUUCCUUUUUUUUUCUUUUUUUUUUUUUUUUAGUAUAUGGGAUCUUAUGGUCUUGUGUUUUUCUAUUGUUUUAAAGAUAUAAAGGAAUUAAAAUUAAAAAAGAAAGAAGCAAAUAUUUCAAUAUUGUGAACUGCUAUACUAUGUCUAGCUUGUCAAAGAUGAAAAGAAUGAUAUAAUUCUACUAUUAUACCACAGUAGUACGGCUGCGAAUUUAGGGGUAAUGGAGGGGCCUGGUCUGUCCCAGAAUUAGUCAGGUUAGGAAUUUAAAUGUGCCAGAGCUAGUGAGAACUGGUUUUUACCAGGGCUAGCUCUUUUGGACAAUUAUGUAUCUAUAUUGCUUGUACAUGAAGACUAAAAAUAUAUCUUUAUGCACUGACUCCUUGUUUUAAUAAUGCUACCCUUUUUUUUUUUUUUUUUUUUU